AUGCCGCCAACGGGUUCAGCAACGUCGGUGAAAAAGGCUCCAUCCCUGAGGGCGCUACAUACGAAACUUAAGGGACUGCAAACAUCGUUGAACAACAUCGUCAAGUUCGUUCAAUGCUGUGAUGAAAAUACGACUGCCAGCCAGGUAUCAGUUCGUCUUGAACGGUUAGAUGAACUAUGGGAGAAAAUCGGGGAAACCAUAUAUGAAAUCGAAUCCCAUGAUGACUUCGAAGCAGGUGAAGAGGCUUUUUCCAAGGAACGCGUGAAAUUCGAAGAUCGCUACUACGAUGUAAAAUCUGCCCUGAUGGAUAAGGCAAGGGAGUUGCAAGAUGCUCCCGUCUUGGAGCAGUCGGUUAGGCAAACCGACACGAAUCAGCAUGCAUCCAUGGAUCACGUUCGGCUCCCGCAAAUACAGCUGCAGACUUUUGAUGGUAACAUCGAUGAAUGGCUCAGCUUCCGGGAUCUGUUCACAUCAUUGAUUCACUGGAAGACUGAAUUACCAGAGGUUGAGAAAUUUCAUUAUCUCAAGGGGUGCCUCGAAGGAGAAGCUAAGGCGUUAAUCGAUCCCUUGAAGAUAACAAAAGGCAAUUACCAAAUUGCCUGGGAUUUGUUGGUCAAACGCUACAACAAUAGCAAGCUUCUAAAAAAACGGCAGGUGCAAGCACUGUUUAAACUGCCUGUACUGGCUAAGGAAUCGUCGACCGAGCUACACAAAUUACUGGAAGGUUUCGACAGGAUAAUUCAAACGCUGGAUCAGGUAGUGCAGCCAGUAGAUUAUAAGGACCUUCUGUUGGUUGAUGUCCUCAGCUCUAGAUUAGAUCCAUAUACAAGACGAGGAUGGGAGGAGUUUUCUUCUGACAAGGACCAAGACACGUUAAGGGAUCUAACAGAAUUUCUUCAGCGGAGAAUUCGGAUUUUAGAAUCACUCCCGGCAAAGCCAUCGGAAGGUCGAUCAGACUCCGUAAUGGCACAGAGGAAAAAACCUUUUGCGGUCCGCACCAGCCAUAGUGCCUCACAAUCAUCAGCCGGGAAAUGCAUUGCUUGCUCGGAUAGCCAUUGGUUGCACGUAUGUCCAUCGUUCCAACGAAUGUCAGUUGCUAGCAAGGAGUCCUUCCUACGCUCACACUCUCUUUGUCGGAAUUGCUUCAGGAAGGGCCACCAGGCAAAGGAUUGCUCUUCAAGGUUUUCUUGUAGAAGAUGCAAAGGUCGACACCAUACGAUGGUUUGUUUUAAACCGGAUGGCGAGAACGGUAACAAGGCUUCUUCGGUAGAAGGGAAAUCCUCUACAAGUACACAAGAUGGAAAGGUUGCAAAUGUAGUUGCUACAGAUGUAGUAACAUCUAACAUGGCACAUCAACGUGCCUCUAAGGUUCUCCUCACAACAGCUGUAGUUCUCGUCGAAGAUGAUGAUGGGAAACGUCACCCGGCACGUGCCCUACUGGAUUCAGGAUCAGAAUGUAACUUUGUUUCUGAAAGGUUGUGCAAGCUCAUGAAUAUCUCUAAGGAUGGGGUUGAUAUUUCUGUGGUUGGAAUCGGGCAGGCGUCUACGAGAGUACGACAUCAGAUCCAUAUCACAAUACGAUCGCGAAGCUCAUCGUUCGCUUGUAGCAUGACAUUGCUGGUGUUACCGAGGGUUACGGCCAACCUACCAACUACAACGGUUUCAACAAGGGGAUGGGAUAUCCCCGAAGGAAUCAUACUAGCAGAUCCAGCAUUUCAUCAAACGAAUAGUGUAGACCUCAUAUUUGGAAUACAAUCCUUCUUCGGCUUUUUCCAGACAGGCAAGACUAUUCCGUUAGGUGAUGGGUUACCUUUGCUUACCGAAUCGGUUUUCGGUUGGGUUGUUUCCGGAGAAGUAUCAUCUCCGACUCAAUCUUCGCAAAUUUCUUGCAACAUGGUGGUAUCGGACAACUUGGAGGAGUUGAUGGAGCGGUUUUGGUCCUGCGAGGAAGUGGGAGACAUCCGUAAUUACUCCCCGGAGGAAGCGCGCUGCGAGGAGCAGUUUGGGCGCACAGUUCAACGAGGUUUGGAUGGCCGAUACACAGUUACUCUUCCGAAAAAGGGUGAAGUCAUAUCGAAAUUGGGGGAUUCGAAGGAUAUCGCAUUGCGACGUUUCCAGGGUUUGGAAAGAAGACUGGGCAGAGAUCAAGAUCUACGCAAGCAAUAUCAAGAAUUCAUGGCCGAGUAUUUGGAAUUAGGUCAUAUGCGGAAGGUGGCUGACGAUACGUGCGUCAAACGAUACUUUUUACCACAUCAUCCCGUUGUAAAGGAGGCCAGCACAACCACUAAGGUCAGAGUGGUGUUUAACGCUUCAUGUAAAACAUCUACAGGGAUUUCCGUAAACGAUGCUCUUUUGGCAGGGCCAGUUAUUCAACAAGAUCUUCGAUCGAUCAUGUUGCGCUGCAGAACAAGACAAGUAAUGAUCAUUGCGGAUGUGGAGAAAAUGUUCCGGCAGGUUAAAAUGGACCAAAAUGAUACGACUUUUCAAAGUAUACUAUGGCGGUUUGAUAUGGAGGCAGAAGUAGAGACAUAUGAGCUAACCACCGUGACUUACGGUACGAAACCUGCGCCAUUCCUUGCAACGAGGACCUUAAAACAGCUAGCUCUGGAUGAAGGAAGCAGUUUUCCGCUUGCAGCAAAGGCGAUGGAAGAAGAUGUCUAUAUGGACGACGUGAUUACUGGAACCGAUGACGUCAAUGCAGCCAUAGAAUUGAGGAAGCAAUUGGAUGCUAUAAUGGCCAGCGGCGGAUUCAGAUUGAGGAAAUGGGCCUCAAAUAAUCAAACCGUACUGGACGGUAUUCCUCAAGCUGACUUAGCACUCCCGAUGAUGGAUGGUAUUAGUUGGGAUCAAGACCAAAUGGUAAAGACUUUGGGUCUGACUUGGUUACCAAAAAUGGAUACGUUGAGAUUCAACUUCGACAUUCCGGCGCUACUCCCAGAUCAAUUGCUAACAAAACGAAAGGUUCUUUCAAUUAAAGCAUCGCUAUUUGACCCGUUAGGACUUAUCGGAGCGACCAUCACGUCAAGAUCCCGUUGA